GCCUGCGCGCGCUGCUACAUUGUGUUUAGCACUUUCCCGUGAAGAAGAAGGAAAAAAAAAAAAAAACACUUUUUUUCCCCCCUCUACCCCUCAUGGCAAAUGGGUAUAAAGAAGUUCUUUUCUGCCGAGGCGGCGGACAGAGUGAAGACUCCGACAUAUGGGAUGACACGGCUCUCAUAAAGGCCUACGACAAGGCCGUUGCAUCAUUUAAGAAUGCAUUAAAAGGAGAGGAGACCCCAGCAACCGUCAAAGAAGACAAACCUGGAAAGAAACGGAAAAACAACAAAAAGAACAGAAGCAGGAAGAAGAGUAAUGCCCUACCUGACAAACAGUGGAAAGUUGGGGAUGCCUGCUGGGCCUUCUGGUCUGAAGACGGUAACUUGUACUCGGCCACCGUCUCCUCGAUAGACCACGAGAAGGGGACUUGCAUGGUCGUCUACGCUGAUUAUGGGAAUGAGGAAGAGCAGAACCUAGCAGACCUUCUCUCUGAGAGUUAUGAAGAGGAUGCUGAAACCCAAGAUGUCUCUCAGCAGAAAGAGGGCCACUUUUCUACUGAUGAAAGUGACAAAUCAUCUGUCCAGCCUCUGUCAAGCCACCAGCACAGGUCUAAACCAAGACAUAGAGACUCAUCUGGGCCCUCCACGUGGAGCCCUGGCUUCCCUAAUGUUCCUCCUCCUCCUCCUCAAGUACCAGGCUAUAGGAUGAAUGAGCCAAAGCUUGGCAGCCCUGCACCUGGUUUUCCUGCCUGGCCUCCAGUGAUUCCAUAUGGACCACCUAUGAUUCCUCCUCCUCCUCCAAUGAGUCCAGAUACCCUGGAAGAUGAUGAAGCUUUGAGCAGCAUGCUGAUCGCCUGGUACAUGAGCGGUUACCACACGGGCUAUUACCUGGGACUGAAACAAGCUCAAAAGGAGGCUGCCUCACGAAAACAUUCCCAGCACAAAUGAGGCCUUAUGUCUUGUAGCUUCUGCCUGGUGUUUUGUCUCUCCCAGGGAGAGCCGUAUAUUGAGAAGAUAAGAAUCACAGGGGCAAAGCAGAUACUUCAAAAUCAUAUAGCUCUUUUUAUGUAACUUACAUUUUCUAUUUGUAAAUAAAGCAAGUGAAA